CUGCCGCUGCGGCCGGGCUGGCUGCUGGGGGUGGCGGCGGCGGCCCUGCUGGUGCUGGGGGCCUGGCGGUGGGCCGGGGGCCGCCGUCGCCGCCGCCGCCUGCAGCGGGUGGGGACGGUGCUGAGCCUCUUCGUGUACCCGGUGAAGUCGUGCCGGGGGGUGGCGGUGGGACGGGCGCAGGUGACGCCAAUGGGGCUGCGGAGCGGGGAGCUGCGGGACAGGUUUUGGCUUGUGACUAAGGAAGAUGGGCACAUGGUUACGGCUCGGCAGGAGCCGCGGCUGGUCCUCAUUUCUGUCAGCUGUGAUAACGAGCACCUGAUCCUGGAGGCACCAGACAUGAAGAGCCUGCGCCUGCCUCUAAAGCUUCCGCGGAAAAACCCCGUGCAGAACUGCAGGGUGUUUGGAGUGGAUAUCCAGGGCAGGGACUGUGGCGAUGAAGUGGCUCAGUGGAUCACUACUUUCCUGAAUUCCGAGCCAUAUCGACUGGUGCACUUUGAGCCCUCCAUGGUGCCAAGAAAGUCAAAGGACGUAAUAAACCUUUUCCGAACCACAGAUGAGGUUGCCUAUCCUGACUGCAGCCCAGUCCUGAUCAUCUCAGAAGCUUCGCUGGAUGAUCUAAAUACCAGGCUGGAGAAGAAAGUUAAGAUACAGAACUUCAGACCGAAUAUUCUUGUGACGGAUUGUAGUGCUUUUGAAGAGGACACGUGGGAGGAGAUCGUUAUCGGUGAUGUGGAGAUGAAAGGGACAGUGUGUUGUGCCAGGUGUAUUUUAACAACUGUUAACCCGGACACUGGGGUCCUGGACAGGAAGGAGCCCCUGGAAACACUGAAAAGUUACCGCUUGUGUGACCCGUCUGAGCGGCACAUAUACAAAUCCAGCCCUCUCUUUGGAAGAUACUUUGCUGUUGACAGAACUGGCACGAUUCGAGUUGGAGACCCUGUGUACAAGAUGGUCCCAUACUGAGUGAGACUUUGGUCAGAGGAUGCCUUCUCAUUUUGAUAUGCAAAUUGUUUUCCCAUGAACAUAUUCACCAGCAUAACUUUUUCUUACUCUUUUCAAUACUUUUUUGUGCUAUGUUCCUUUGUGAGGUGCAGGGGGGGCUUUGAGGCUAUGAAGUGCCAAUUAUUUCCCAUCAUGUCAUGUAGCAACCAUGUCUUUAGUUUUUCUUGAGGCUGUGAUAGAAGAAAAUCUUACCCGGGACAGACAUUGCAGCACUACAGUGAGUAUCACACCUCCUAAAAUUUUGUGUCAAGCUUGAUACUGGAGUCCAAAAUCAUGUACGAGGGCUUUGCAUCAUGUAUUAGAUAUAUUACAUAAAGAUUACAUAUACAUAUUACAUAUAUAGCCCAUAAGAACCGCAACAACAGUUGUGCUGAGUGUGAAGUAUGUUGGUCAUGAAGCUGCUUUCCAGGGGAACAGGGGGUGCAGAUGGCGAGGCUCUGUCUUAGAUUCCACCCUUUGGUCCUAAGCAACUUACCUUAUCUGUGCUUGGAGGUACUUUCUUGCCAUGUUUCUCAUACUGCAGUCACUUCCUGAAGAUUGCUCUUCUCUUUUGAGGUACCAGAAGAAGGGUUGUGAGCUGACUAAAUGCUGCUCUGAUCUAGAGGUGGGAACUAUGUCUGAUGGUGUGUAAGGCCAGGGGGUUCAUUUAGUUUGACCUCUGCUUCACAGAGUUUGAACCAUCAGUUUUUUCUUGUGCAAAGCAUACCAUAUACCAUAACUGCUAGGCUGUAGGGGAGUGAUAACGUAUCAGAACUUCCAGUUUGACUAAAAGUUGGAUGAUGCCAGUGGUAUCUCUGCUUUAAACAUUACCUUUUUUUUUUUUUUUUAAAUAAGUGGACUCCAAGACCAAAGCCAGCCAUCUUUCAGAUGCUUGACUGCCUGUCACUUUGUUAAGGAUUACUAGAUCUAGAAAGAGUGCUCAAGAGGAAUGUAAUUAAGUGUGAAGAAGGACAAAUCAUGACCCAAUUUGUUGUUUAGGUUCUUUGUUUUCUUUUGUGAGUAUGAAAAUGGAGUUUUGCUGUAUGUUCACAACUCAGACCUGUAAAAUGAAGAGCCGUUGUGGCUUUGAGCAAAUUUGGAUGGAUGGAUGAGGUGAGCCUAAAGCAAACAUGUGGGGAAAGUAGUUUUGUUAUUUGUCAACUCCAAGUUGCUCCAAACAUCCUUUUGUUAGCAGAAUGCUCUGCGAGUGGUAAGUUUUCCUGUGACAGAACAAUGCCUGGUUCAGACUGCAGGUUGUGUAUUUGUGUGUUGUCAUGCCUGAUGCAGCAGCCAGUGGAAGUGACAGAAAAAAACAUCUUUUGACAAGGACAGCAGUUCUGAGAUUCACUUUUAAAAAGCAUAUGUUGAAGAUCCUUAAUAUUAGAACUGAGACCUCAUGUUAUUCCUAAUGGUAUUAUUAACAAAGACAGCCUGCUGGCCUGCCAGAGCAAUUAGCUAAGUGUGUGUCUCUUCAUUAAGUCAAAGAAGCGGAAGAGAGCUGAAUUUUUGCCUCUGGCCAAACAUUUUUUUCACUGCUGUGUUAGCACCACAUUAGAAUUUAGGUAAGAGAAACUGUGUGUUAUAGAUCGUGCUGCCUCUUACUACGCUAUCGAUUGGGGUAGUUUGGAAACAGGGCUGUCUCUCCAGUGAGAAGCUGCAUCCUCAUUCCUGUUAAGAAAAUGCCAUAGAUCUAAGCCCCUGGUAUAUCCCUGCAAAAGCCCCUUAGAAGAAUUAGGUGAGAAUCCUAAAACAGGUGUGUAUCUGAGUACAACAUCUCACAAAUGACACUUAAAUCAAUUAUGUGGUGAAAGAGGGCCAUUCUGGGAAGCAGAGAGUGUAAUUCAUGAACAUUACAAUAUAAAUAUCUUCAGAUAAAUGUUGAACUACUGUAACUGUAGGAAUUGUAUUUGAUUUUGCUAAAGCCAUUUAUGAAGUUGACUGAAAACAUGUUAAUCAUAAAGCACUGGUUUUUAAAUUGUGUACUUAAAAAUUUUAAUUGCUUUUUUAAUUCUAGAGGAAGAAAACAAAAGUAUAAACUUCUGUUGAAUCCAAACUUUUGUACAGUGUAAAA